UUAAAAUACAUUUUUUUUAAAGUAAUUUUGGGGGGGAUUUUACAAUUACAACUGUGAAAACCCUCUCUGCGCAUAUGUCUUGGUUAGAUGUAACACGCAAGGUCAGUUAUUCUGUAGAGAUCUGUAGAGAUCAGUGUGUCCGGGGCGGUGUGAACGCGUCUGAGGCACCGGAAGCUGGAAGCUAAAUCUGUUCUUUUUUGGCUUUUGGCUCCAACAGACACGCGGUGUAACGUCCUCUAGAGGCGCGCGAGCUCGAUGCCCCUUGCUUUCCCGACUGACGUUGAAGGUGUCUAAGCGUUUCUCCGGCCCGAAAGCGCAAGAGACAGCGCGCGCAUACACACACACACACACGCGCGCGUGCACACACUCUCAGGACACACACCGGACCAGCAACGACUCAGUUUCUUAUUUAACACAUUAUUGAAGAGCUUUUCUAAAAUAAUAAUACUAAGAUACUGGAUCCCGGGUGCGCAAGUGUGCUCAAAUCACAGGCACGGAGUAAAAGCAAUUUCUCACCAGACCGGCAGCGUAGGCGUUUUUUUUCCCCCCCAGUGCAUCUCAGAUAUUCAGCACUGGAAAAGAGAACUUGAAUGCCAGUUUAAACGCGUGCAAAUCACCAGACGGACAGACAGCAAGCGCGUCCAUCUCAUUGUGUGUGUUAUAUAUUGUUUUCUUUGUCGGAUCUGGAAGUGCGGGACGAUGGAGGUGCGCGUGGCGCUCGUGCUGUGCGUCCUGGCCGGAGCGGUGAGCGCAGAGAGCGCGAGCGGCAAGUCCCGGAGCUGCUCGGCUUUCCGACAGUUUUACAGCAGCAAAAGCUUCAGCCUGAGCGGCGUUCCGCAGACGCAGAUCUCUGGUGAGCAUUUGCGAGUGUGUCCACAAGGCUACACCUGCUGUACAAGCCAGAUAGAGGAGAAUCUAUCCAAUCUGAGCAAGAAAGAAUUUGAAGACCAGGUCAAGGAAUCUGGCCACACUUUACAGGUCUCCCUCAACAGCCAGUACAAAAACUUUGAUGGUUAUUUCCAGGAGCUGCUAAAUCGUUCUGAAGCGUCUCUUCAUAACUCAUUGUCGUCCACCUUCGGCUCACUCUUCUCCCAGAAUGCCCAGGUGUUCCGGGAUCUAUAUUCAAAUCUGCGGAACUACUACCGUGGCUCCAAAGUGAACCUGGAGGAGGAACUGAAUGAAUUCUGGGCACGGCUGCUGGAGAGGUUGGUGCGAGGACUGAACGGGCGCUACCACAUCGGCGAAGAUUAUCUGGAUUGUGUGGCAAAACAGGCAGAGACACUUCGUCCCUUCGGAGAAACAGUACGAGAGUUCAAGCUCAAGGUCACACGCACCUUUGUGGCUGCACGAUCGUUUGUUCAGGGGCUUGUCAUUGCUGGGGACGUGGUCCGAAAAGUUUCCCAGGUUUCUCUAAGUGUGGAGUGUGUGCGUGCUCUGAUGAGGCAGACAUACUGUCCUCACUGUAGAGAAAUGGCCUGGGCUAAACCGUGUGCCCCGUACUGCAGAAAUGUGAUGAAGGGCUGUCUCGCCAAUCAGGCAGACCUGGAUACUGAGUGGAAAAACCUUGCAGAUGCUAUGCUACAGGUGGCUGAUAAGUUGAGCAGACCCUACAGUGUUGAUGCAGCCAUUUUGUCUCUGCCUAAGCGCAUUGCUGACGCCAUCCUUUACAUGCAGGAUAACCUGAAUACUUUUAACAGCAAGGUGUUUCAGGCAUGUGGUACACCUCCAGAGAACCCUAACCCAGAGGAGAUAAAAAAUAAAGGCAAACCCGUAGUAGAGGAUGUCAGCAGCACUUCAGCAGCAAGUGUAGAAAAACUUUUAUCAGAUGUAUCCCACAAGAUAAGGACCAUGAUGCAAUACUGGAUUCAGUUGCCCAAUAAGCUGUGUAAGGACCGAGAGGCAAAAAGCAGUGAUGAGAACAAAUGCUGGAAUGGAAUGGCCAUAGAUAGGUAUCUCCCAGAUGUGAUGGGAGAUGGACUGGCCAACCAAAUCAACAACCCCGAAGUGGAGAUUGACAUCACCAAACCGGACAUGAUCAUGCGACAACAGAUCAUGCAGCUCAAAAUCAUGACAAGCCGAAUGAAGAACGCCAUCAACGGCAAUGACGUGGACUUUCAGGAUGCCAGUGAUGACAUCAGUGGCUCUGGAAGUGGAAUGUGUAAUGAUGAUCAGUGUUUCCACAACCAACAAACUAUGGUUGACACCACACGCAGACCGAUUAUCUAUCCCAACCCUUCUGUGAAGAAGCAUGACGUAAAAGAUGACGGAAGACGGAUCCUCCCCUGUUCUGCCCUUUAUUUGAUCUCAUUGGCCACAGUGCUGCUUAGGCGAUAAUUGUUGUUUCUGCAAAUCAGGACUCAGGGGAAGGGGAAGAACUAAGGAGGGGCGGGGGCAGUUACAUUGCCAAAAAUAAUAUCAUAACAAGCAUAUGAAACUUACAAACAAUAGCAAAAUAUGGAAAUGAAUGGUCCUCUUUGUCACUACACAGAAUAUUCUUUCAUUUCUGUCCUUUAUGUCUGUUUUCAAUACCUGCACUCCUAGAAGUUCUCUGGUGUGAGGUAAAUAUUGUGCAUUUAACAACUUACAAAUGAUUUUUCUGGGUAUGGAUUUAACUAUAUAUAUGGAGUUCUGUGCCGUAAGAGCCGCGAAAAAUAUCGUAUUUGUUCUCAUUUAAAAAAUUAGGGUUUCAGAUAUUUUAUUUAUUACUGUAAUCCCCCCUAAACCUGAAAUCCAGUAUAUUUAAAUGUCUGGAAAACACCAUAUAUAUUUCACAUCACCUGAGAGAAUUGUUAGUCUCCCACAGUAAAAAUCAUGGUCCUGCAUAGGACCGUGGUCUGUAUACCAUACAGUAUAUCUCAUGUGACCAUACACUUCCUCAUGCUUUAAAGAAUCAUUGUAAUAAUUUCUUUUUUAAAUUGCAGCCUCAAGGCUCAGGCUUGCAUGAAACACUACCUUUAAGCACCAUCGUUAUGAAUAAUGCGCAAAAUGUUAACACGCAUUAUUUGGCAAUGCAAACAGCAAUAUUUUGGCAUUGAAAUUCACUCACCAGCAGAAUAAAAAAGACAAUAUUUUGAGGACGUUUAUCAGGUCACAGAUGCUGUAUGUGAAUCAUAUAUGAUAGUGUCUUGAGCUAAUUAAAUUUCCUUAUCGUCUCACGUUUUUCUCAAGGUGAAAACCAUUCAUUAGGACUUUUAAACACAUUGUUCAGUAAUGAACUACAUUGUGGAAUCCCCUUGAAUUUCCCUCUUUAAAUGGUAAAAAAAAACGUUGCUUUUGUGACGUCCUCACUGAAAUAUUUCGUCCCUAAUGAUCAUGUUUGUCUACGAAUGAUACUCUGUAGACAGGAAUAUUAAUAUCCGAGGGUUGAGAAGGAGGUUGAGCAUUUUGUAUGGAGAAAUGUUUGUGGAUAAAUAGACGAAAGUGUGUGUGUGUGUGUGUGUGUGUGUGUGUGUGUGUGUGUGUGUGUGUGUGUGUGUGUGUGUAAGUUUGUGUGUUUUUGUUUGUUUGUUUUGUCUUGGUGAUAAAUUCAGAUGCAGCAUGUGUGAGGGAUGUAGCCGAAAAUAUGAUUUCAUUGUUCUAAACAGGAACAAAUCCUGACAAGAAAAGUUGGCACACUAUAGUGUAUUCACAGGUCAAUGCCUCGAGGUGUGCAUUGGGACUGGAAUCCAGCAGGAUGCAAAAAAAUCACAAAGUCACCAAAGAGCAGCAAGUUUUAACUUUUAUGUUGAAACGAGUGAGCAGUCAGAUGUGAAGCUCGUGGGACGAAUAAAGAGUGCAGCAUCGUGCAACUCUGCAAAUUGCAUGUAGAAAAUUCCUGCUACUGUUUUUUUAGUCAUAUUAGGCUACAUCAGAUCCAAUAAAACCAAAUUUGUUAGAAAACAGAAAGCAGACAAUAAUAACCAAAAAAAAAUACCAACACAAACAGGCUUGAAUAGCUGCUCUAGUUAUGACUAAUUGUGAACUCCAUUUUCUAUCUCUGUGUUUGUUGAAAUUUUAAGUGUGCAAGUCUUUGACUAUAUGGGAAUGUGGACAUGAGGGUCCUCAGAGUGUAUGACUCUGUAUGUGUGUUUAUGUUGGGAGUAGACAUUCGUGUGUAUGUGUGUUUGAUGGAGUGUAUAAAUCUGAAUGCUCAUCUUUCAGUGCCUGUGACAGAACACCCCUGUUCUGGGAAUAAGUAUGGUGCAGGUUUAUGUAAUCACUACCGAACAUGCAGUGGAAUCAACUGCCUUUAGAAUGCACACUGCACUUAAUGCACCUAUGUAGUGAUGAUGUGCUCAGAACCACUGCAUGCUGGGGCAUCCCUUUUGUCUUUCACCAGUUAUCGUUUGUCUGAGCAGACACAUUCCUAAACGAAUGAAAGAAAAAUAUGAGUAAAUGAAAAUAAAAUGUAAAAAGUCCAUUUAUUUGCACAACUUUUGUCACUCUUUGUAGCUCUCAUUUAAGUCCUCUACUCAUUUCCUGACCGCUUUUUCUUUCUUCCUUUUCUUUUUUUUUUUUCAAAUGCUGCACAUAACAUACCUGUUAACUCUUAAGCAGCCGCUACGCGACUUGAUUGACGAUCUGUAGCACAGCAUCAGUGAUAAUGCGGCUGAUCGAUUGGGCUAAGAUGUUGAAAAAUGUGUAUUAGCAAACCCCUACGAAAACUGGAUAGAAUCAAAGAUAGGAUCUUAUCUGAUUUGAGAAGCAUUGUGGGUAAUAGGGUCCAUUUUAUAAGGAGAACAUCAUGAUCUGCUUGUUGGUUGAUGGUAGUCUUUUGCAGAACAGUGAAUUUGUGGUCAUGUUUCAGUGCUACUGUACCUUAACCCUCAUUUAAACGUGACAUUUGGACCAGUAUACUGUACAUAUUCAGCCAAUGAACCACCGCAAUUCACACACAGCAUCCCUUUAACUGGGACGAUCCUCUGGGACAGGUUUUCAUCAUGUAAUCAAAAUUGUAAAGGACUGAAGGAGGUAGUAGCACACACUGGGAUAUGUGGCAGAGUGGUGCCAUGGAUAUUGGGUACUGGAAAGUGUAAACAGUUUUCUCAGAAGGCAGGAUUACAUAAUCGCAUGUAAUGCUUUAAUGACGUCCAAUUCAGUCUAAUGAAGGGUUCAGCCGAUUCUGAUCACUAGCCUAGGAAUGCCUGUUCCACCAUCCUGGGCCUUAAAUAAUCACUUGUAUUGUCAAAUAUGGCUGGCAUUGGUAAAAAUCUAAUGUAAAAAAUGCAAAUAUCUAAAAGAUGUUCUGAUAUAUUCUUUGUUGUUUUGUGUUUCCAUUUCUCUUUUUGUUUUUUGUUUUUUUCAGUAUGCACCAAUAGAGAGUUUGUGUUCAUGGAUGAAGUGUCAAAAAAAAAAAACAUUAGGAAAUUUGAUGCCAAUUUGUCAAUUUACUGUUUUAUGUUCCUGGAAAAAAAAUACUUGUCAAUUAUAUACAUCAUACAAUUUUGAAAA